CAUUGUUUUAGGAAACUUGAAGACAUAAUUUGUGAAUGAAAAGUAAUUCAAACGUCACCGAAUUAGUGUAAGAAGGCAGGAAAGAACUAUGAACUUUGCGGAUACGUUAAAAUCAUGUUGGCUGAUGACAUUGAUCGGUUCAAUCCUGCUGACUGCCGGAACCUUUGUACUCUUCUGGAAUGAGGCUCGUGCCAUCAGUACUUCGCUCUCGCUGGAAGAAGCCCUCAACGAUGCAAACACAGUCAGCGGGGAACAUCCGUAUGAUAAAACCUACGAAGGGCGGCUGGUCCACCUGAUCGGACCGAUUGUCACCGGGGAACCACUCACUGAACCGGACUACAAUAUUCAAGUGCAGGCGGUGAAACUGAAACGACGGGUCCAAAUGUAUCAAUGGGUUGAGGAAUAUGUGGAGAAUCGUUACGGUGAAGCCGUUGCAUCUGUCCAGACGGAAGAGCGGACCUACUACUACACCAUGGAUUGGCGCGAUAGUUUGGUCGAUUCACGUAGCUUCUAUAUCCGAACUGGUCAUCAUAAUCCUACCGCUUUUCCAAUGGAUUCCAAAAUCUACGUUUCCGAAAGGGUCCACAUCGGACAGUAUGAAUUAGGGGAUGCUCUAAAAGACAGGUUUAAGAAAUUCAUCGAUAUCACGUCGGACACCCGACCAGAGGAUCCAUCGGUGAAGUUGCAUUCCGGUCUCUAUUACCACUGUAACGAUAUUUGGAAUCCAGAGAUAGGUGACAUAAGAAUACAAUUUGCAUAUGCCGGUUUAGAAGGGUCGAUGUACACGGUUGUCGGCAAACUGGAGAAUGGAAAAAUUAUCCCUUAUGAAUCUUCCCACGCCAGGAAGGUUUUACUCAUCUAUUCCGGAGAGUUAUCGUUGCACGAAACGUUCAAAUUGGUGCAGCACUCAAAGCGACUGACUACCUGGGGCUGGCGAUUAAUCGGUUGGAUUAUGCUGUUCCUGUCGGCUACUUGUUCGGCAACAAUAUUGCAGUAUAUCACGGCUCAGAGUCGUGUCUUAAGGCAGUUUGUUCCAGACGCCAGUUUUCCCGUAUCUACCAAUUUGACCAUGUCCCUCUCACUUGCGCUAGUGGUCACGUCCAUUGCGUGGAUUAUUCAUCGCCCUAUGCUGGGGAGUGGAAUAUUUUUUGCCGCUGUCUCACCGUUCCUGUACUGCGCUCGCGGUUUGUUUAAUAACUAUCAACGUAUGGACUAAGUGGCUGUGCAGGAUGUAGUCUUAAUUGGGGGAUUCACUCAGGUUUAUUCUACGAACGUUUCUUUUGUACUAACUUAUUGACAUCUA